CUGAAGCAAAAGAUGGACAAAACCGAGUCUUCCAUUCAGAGCUGCGCUGUGUCAUGGUUGAUGUUGAGCAACAUGAGGCCACUGUGACCUGCAAUGAAACAACUGUAACCGUUGAAGUGAAGAAGACCCCCCAUAUCAAACUCAACGAAAACAAACUGCACCUGAACGAGUUCACAGAUUCUUCCUGUGACCUGAAAAGACUCUCCAACGCAACCCACCUGGUAGCUGUGAUGUCACUCAAUGCCUGUGGGACUUAUGUUGAGGAGGACGAUGAUAACAUCGUCUAUAGGAAUGCGAUCACAUCUGCGGACCUAAAUGAAGUCAUUUCCAGACGACAUCAUGAAGAGAUCUCCUUUUCCUGCGUCUAUCCGAAGCGAACCAGCCUGACUCUGGGAUUCACACACAAAGACCCGUACAGCUUCAGAGAGAGAGGCUUUGGUGUGUUCACCUUCCAGUUUGAGUUCUUUGAGACUCAGAAUUUCAGCAGACGAGUGAACCCCAGCAGCUACCCAGUGCAGGUUUACAUCAAGCAGAUGAUCUUCAUGCAGAUCGAGGCGACUUCGUCCAUCCCCAACACCGAGCUCUUUGUGGAGGCCUGCAAGGCAACUCCCUACGACAACCCUAACUCCCACAUCAGCUACACCAUCAUGGAAAAUGGGUGUGUUAAGGACAAAACUGUGCAAAUCUACUCCAGGUCCAGGUCUCAGUUAAGAUUUGGUAUGGAGGCUUUCGAGUUCAUUGGAGCACAAGAUGAGGACUUCCUCUGA